CCCCUAUACACUGAACCUACUUGGAAGUGUCCCUUUGCAGGGAUUGCUGGGAAGAAGAAGAGGAAUACGGGGUUGGGAAUUUGGAAAGGAAAAGGAAGAAGGGGGACUCUAAAAAGGAUCACUGCGAAUCUGAAAGAGGGCACUGCAUCGAGCACACUGCAUUGCUGUCAUGGCUGAAAUCCAGGAGGACACAGAUAAGUUGAAGAAGGGGCUGGUGACGGUGCUAAGGUGCGUGUCCUCUAUCUCUUCGGCCGCUGCCGUGGUCAACCCCAUCUUCGGGGUGGCGGGCUCUCUCAUCCGCGUCGUGCUGAACCACGUGGACGACGAAGACAUCAACAAGCUGAAGCGGGAGUUCAGAAGCGUCAACCGGGCUUUGGACAAUAUCUCCCAGCAGAAUCGCACUGCCCUGCAGCAGAUCAGAAAAACCACGUUGGACAACCAGUACGGCCAGGUGGAGGAGAACCUGCGCGAGCAGUUCCGCGCGUUCAUGGAGCUCGUGGAGGCCCGGCCCGGGAUCAAGGAGCGCAAGAAGGAUGACUUCGAAGAGUGCUACAGCAACAACCUGGGCGACCAGAACCUGCACACGCUGUAUGACGGCGUGAUGGGGAAGCGUAAGCUCUUCAGCAAGCCCAUCCUGGACGUGUACCUGGAACACUCCCAGAGGGAUAAACAGGUGAUGGAGCGCCUCUGUACCCGCCUCACCUAUCUCUUCUGCAUCGGCCUCAUCGCCUUGAUGGGCUACACUGCCAUCAUUGGUGAUGACGAGGAAAGCCUGAGUGAGGAAUGGGGUAACAGGAUGAUGGAAGUUCAGAAGAAGAUGAAGGAGGUCCUAAAUACGUGCAUUUGAUUCCCCUCUCUCAACCCCCCCCCCCAACCCCUGAUGCAAAUAUAUGUGACGCACAUGUACCUCUGUCCCUUUCCAGCCCCCACCCACUAUCCUUCACAGAGGAUCCUAAGACACGAAUCACAUCAAACAGAGCAGUCGCGUUACUUGCUACAUCCUCAGCAAAUAUAUAUGUAAAGAAGUGGUUUCACACUUGUAAUUCCAUUGUGCCCCCCCUACUGCAUUUCCCAUUAAUUUUCCAUGGAGAAUCUUCGAACGGACUAAUAUAACUUUAAAUAAUAAAAGGAUUACAAGUAUUUCAAAUGACGAACAGGCAACUAUAAUGCAGGUGAAGUAUCUUAUGUAAAUUCUUCAAAAAAAAGUAUAGUCAAAAUAUAUUAUUGUUACCAAAAAAAAAAAUAAAAA